AUGUAUAAAGCCAUUAAUUGCUCCUUGGUUACUUCUAUCCAUAAGUCCCCUGAGGCCAAAACCAUAAAGGAUAUGAGACAUAUCUCUUGUUGCAGCACUAUUUACAAGAUCAUUUUCAAAAUCCUCACAACUAGGCUUGGGAAGGUGUUAAACAAACUUAUUGAAGACAUCCAAUCUGCUUUUGUGUCUGGAAGAACCAUUCAUGACAAUAUAAUGCUUGCUCAAGAAUUGGUUAGAGGGUAUAAUAGAAAACAUGUCUUCCCUAGAUGUAUGGUUCAGAUGGAAAUCCAGAAAGCCUAUGAUAUUGUGGAAUGGCAGGCUCUGGCUCAGGUUAUGAUAAAGUUGGGCUUCCAUCAGGUGUUCAAUUAUUGA